GGAUGGAGGCGAGUAAGACCAAAAAGCUAAAAGAAAAAGAAAACGUAAUAAAGAAAAGCAACGUAGUGGCAAAUGGCAUCGUUAGAGUCUUCCAACUCUCCUAAUUCAAACCAGUCGUCUUUCACACUAAGACCAACGACAACCCAAAACAACAAGUUCCUUAGAAGCACUUCCUCCAAAGAAGCCUCCUUCUCCGAGUUUCCUUACACGCCGCCGCGCCGGAGCUCACCUUCCGUCUCCCAAAGCCUCCAUGCCUCCCCUGUCUCCUCCCCUCUCCACUCUCUCUCUCCGCGGCCUCACUCUUCCAAACAAAAUAAUAAUCAGAACCACCAGACGACCACUGUUGGAUUGGCCGUGGGUGUGGCCGUUGGGGACCCACACGCCGCUGCCUACCGUUGCAUCUCCUCUGUCCUAAAAAAGGACGGCCAGAUCUUGUCCAUUGCCGCAUCCAACGGCCUGGUUUACACGGGCUCCGAUACCAACGUGAUAAGGGUGUGGAGGAUUCCGGAGUUUACCGAGUGCGGGCAGCUUAAGACAAGGGCAUUCAUGGUGGUAGCCUUAGAGGUGUCGCAUGAUAGGGUUUACGCUGCUUAUGGUGAUGCCAAGAUUAGGGUUUGGCAGAGAACUUGGGACGAAGGAUUGAAGCAUGUUCGCCUAGCUACUAUUCCCAGGACUGGAAACUAUGUCCGGAGCUAUAUUUCCGGCAAGGAUAAGAUGAUGAAGCACAUGGGGCCUAUAACAUCAUUAGCCAUUAACGUAUCAGACGACAUACUAUACUCUGCAUCAGUGGACAAAACCGUAAAAGUAUGGCGAAUCUCAGACCUCAAAUGCAUCGAGACCAUCCAAGCCCACCCGGAGCCCAUCAACGCCAUCAUCGUCGCCGAUGACGGAGUUCUCUUCACAGCCUCCGACGACGCAACCGUCAAAGUCUGGCGCCGCAACUUUUGCCCCGGAGACCAGCCACACUCUCUUACAGUAACCCUCCCAGCCAAGUACUCUCCGGUCAAAGCCUUGACGUUGACCCAGGAUGGUGGAAUCCUCUACGGGGGAUGCACCGAUGGGUACAUACACUUCUGGCUCAAGGGGUGGUACUCGGGUCAGCUACAGUACGGUGGAGCCCUCCAGGGUCACACCCACGCAGUAAUGUGCUUGGCCAGCGUGUCUAAUUAUGUGAUCAGCGGCUCGGCUGACUCCACCAGCCGGGUUUGGGCCAGGGAGCUCGAUAGCGGUCAGCACACGUGUUUGGCGGUUUUAGUGGGCCAUAGAGGGCCCAUUAGGUGUGUGACGGCCUUCGUUGGGAGGUUUGGGGAGGAGAGUGACCAGGAUGGUUGUACCAUUUGCACCGGUAGCCUUGAUGGUGUGGUUAAAGUGUGGCGCGUGACGUGCGUGGGAAAUAUUAAUCGUUGUUCCACUCCAAGUGGGUGUGAGUAUUUUGAUCUCUAAUAACAGUUACAUAGUAUUACUUAAUUUUCUCUUCUAGCUAGCUUCUAAUUUCUAACCCCAGUUAGUAGAAAUAUUUGUAUAGAUAAUUAGUUAUAACAUUUAACAACCAUGUAUGGGGCUCAAACUUAUUAUUAUGUAUGUGUGGAGCUACUGAACUGAAUUAAUGGGUUAAUAUAUCGAUCAA